UUUAGCUAUGAAGUAGCUACAUAACCUUGCGAUCAUAAUAAUAACAAAAGCGUCGCGGCUGAGUUUUGUUAUCAAAUAUUGUGUGUGCUCUAAUUCUGUUCCAAUAAAUGCACUGUUUUGUUGUGAUGUGGAAAACGUGAUUUAGCGUACAAUUUUCAAAGAAUGGGCGACAUAAGGGCCGGUCUCGAGGAAUUGAAACUCGACGGGGCCCUUUUCGCCGAUGUUAAAUACUACGUCAGCGGCGAAGGUGAUCCCAAGAUUUUAAAUUUACUACAAGAAGGAGGUGCAGAAAGAUCAAAUUAUUUUAGUGAUUUUGUUACACAUUUAAUAGCAGGCUAUGAUGCGUUGGAAAAUGAUAUAUCUGCUGCAAAGGAUAUCUAUGAAAUACCAGCAGUUACGCAGAAUUGGAUUUUAUAUUCUGUCAAAUGUAACAAACUUUUGCCACCACACUAUUUUUCACCUGAAGAUACACAAUUAUUUUCAAAUGUACGAGCAUGCAUAUCUCAGAUAAGUCGUGCAGACAGUAAGAGUCUAUGGGCGAUGAUCACUUUGCAAGGUGGUAAAUGUCAAUUACGUUUAGAUCGGUAUUGUACACAUUUAAUUACUGGGAAGGCAACUGGAUUGAAAUAUGAAACUGCGAUAAGGCAUCCGAUUCAAAUUGUAACGCCAGAUUGGGUAACAGAAUGCUGUAGAAAAGGAACGAUUGUAAAUGAAGUAGAAUACCACCCAAGACUUUUAAUAUACCCGAAUAGUUCUACAGCUCUUAUUACUGGUUUUAUGGAUGAAGAUACAGAAAAUAGUGCAGCGCAAGAAGAACAAGAUAGAACUAAAGCCAUGUUGGAACAACUUAAACAACGUAUGCCAUGGAAUCAACCAGUUUCAAGUCCACCUGUUUCUUCCAAUACUGCACAUAAUUUGAAUGCUGCUAAUGCACCGGUAACGACGAUUCCUUAUCCAACUAAUGGUCCCAAUAAUGUUAAUAACCAACAACAGCAACAACAUCUUCUACGACCAAUUGCUACGACAAGUUUGUCCAAUGCUUCUACAGUUGCAUCUUCUGUAUCGGAUCAAAAUGUUAAUCAAACAAAUUGGAUACCACAAGGCUCCCAACAAAAUAAUGUUGCUCAAAUAAAAUCUGUGCCGCCACAGCUGCAACAACAACAGCAACAACCACAACCACAACAAGAGUUAUCUCCUCAACAGCAACCACAACAGCAACAAAUGAAUGUACAACAUUCACUAUUACAACAACAACAAUUGAAUCAACAGCAGCAACAACAGUUAUCACAGCAACUUACACAACAUCAACAAUUACAACAACAAACAUACACUCAACAACAGCUUUUAAAUCAACAACCAUCUCCACAACUAGCAUCUCAACAACUCAUAAAUACACAACAACAACCACUCACACAGCAAUCAUUAAUACCACAACAACCACAGAUAAACUCACAAAUACCUCAACAUCAAAUAUCAUCACCUCAACAGUUACUAACCCAACAAAAACAAUUAAAUCAACAUCAAAUACUUUCACAACAACAAAUAAGUCAACAACAUUUAUCACAACAACAACAAAUCACUCCACAGCAACAAUUAGUUCAACAACAAGUGCAAUUAACGCCACAGCAGCAGCAACAGAUAGUUUUGCAGCAACAACAACUUCCUGCACAGCAACAGAUUGGAGCACAACCACAUCAGUUAAAUCAACCACAAGCUCCGCCGCAGCAGCUUACAUCCGAACAGCGGCAGCUCAUAUUACUACAACAACAACAACAGCAGCAACAGAAAAUACAACAAAUUUCACAGCAGCUGCAACAAUCUGCACCUCAGGGUUCACAACAAUUCGUUAUAAGAGACGGUCAGUUACAGCAACAGCCUCAAAAUCAGCAACUAAUGGGACCGAAUCAACAAGGUUUUAUCGUACAAAGAGAUUCUCAGUGGCAGCAACAACAAUAUCAUUUACAAUUGCAACGACAACAGCAACAGCAAAUAGGACCACAAAGACCUAGCGGACAAUGGACACAGCAGCCGCCACAACCGCCAAGGCAGUUGAUUCAACUGGACGCUCAAACCCACCAACAACUGCAGCAGAUGGAUCCUCAACAAAGAGCUCAGUUUAUUCAAAAGAUUCAGAAACAAAGAAACUUGUUGCUGCAGAGACAGAUGCAGAAUCGCCAAGCGCAACCAGGAGCACAUAUCGCUGUUAUAAGGAGUCCGGGUAAACCCGUGCAACCCGGUGGUUUGCAGUGGGUUCAGCAACCACGAUCGCAAAUGAUAGGACCACAAAUUGCUCAAACACCUGGCCAAAAACCGGUACACCCAGUGGUUCAACCACCAGCUUUGACGCCGAUCAACUCUUCUAACCAAGUAAUUGUGCAAACCGGACAAAACGUGCAGGGUCCACAGGCGGGUCAACCCGCCCAGGCGUUUCAGCAAGCUCAGCCUUUAACUCCUCAACACAUAGCGCAAUUACAUAUGCAGAAGCAGCAACAGAUCAGGUUGCAGCAGUUACAGCAUCUACAGCAACAACAACAGCAGCAGCAGCAGCAGCAACAACAACAGCAACAAGGCGCACAGCCAGAACCACCUUUGACUUCAUUGCCGAACAACGCUCAGAUACCGCCAGAUCAGCAGUUGGUUGUUAACGCAAAAACGAAAACUGCCUUAGCGAAUAUGCUGACGAACAGAUUGCAAGGUAGCGCAGCCGAAGGUAGUGCAGCUGGUCAGUUAAGAUUAAUGACCGCUCAACACAGACCACCACCUCCACCGUGCCAGGAUCCUCAACUUCUUGCCGCCUAUCAACGGAGAACUGUGGGGAACAUCGCAAACGGGGCACCACCAGGAGCUCCGAUAAAGAUGCAGUACGCUCCUGUUAUGCCUCAAGCUAAGGCUCAGUUCUAUGGCCACAAUCCAAAUCUAAAACUGCCACCAGAUCUGUUUUUGCUAGGUUGUAUCUUUGUUAUCGUCGAAUACGACGUGCAACGUCCAAACGACGUGUCCGUUUGGAAGCAAGUGAUCGAGAGACAUGGCGGAGAAGUGGAGCCUCAAUAUUGCACGCGGGCUACCCACGUGCUCGCGAUCACGCAGAAACAUCCAACCGUAGUGCAGGCAUUACGUGAAGGGAAACGUUGUGUCAGCGCACACUGGCUGUCAGAUGUUGUCAAUAAACAGCAGGUACUACCACCUUGGCACGCGCUGCAUUUUCCAACGCCAUUCAGCUUGACAGAGCUUCCGUGCGCGAAACAAAUUGUAUCGUUGUCUGGAUUUGAAGGGGAGGAACGCGCGAAAGUGAAGUACAUGCUGGAAGCGCUGGGAGCUAAGGUUACCAAUUACUUCACCAGGCACAAUACGCUCCUCGUUUGCAGAAGACCAGACGGUCAAAAAUACAAAAAGGCUCGAGAAUGGCAAACUGGAGUUGUGAACGCUCAGUGGUUGACGGAUUUGUUGUGCGGGCAAAUGAACGCGCUACAUCAAACCGAAAAUCCAAAAUACCAGCAGUACAGUUUGAGCAAUCCUUUCAGAUUGGAUUAUUCGCUAGUACCUCUUUUAAUGGGUGCAUGGAAAAUGCCAAUAAAUAUUACUCAGGAAUCAUACGAUAAAGUAAAACAGGUUGGUCAGGGUCCAAAUUCGAUACGAAAAUACAAGAAGCCACGGUUAGAUGUCCCGUUGCUGAAUAAAGAUCCACAUUUAUUGGGCUUAGAUGAACCAAUUGUUGUGAGCAAUCCUGAUCCACCGGCUCCAGAUAAACAACCGAGAAUAUUAUUCUCUGGUAUUAAUCCUAGGAAGCAUGCGAAGAGAAUUCGGGAGUUAGGUGGUGCGCUGGCAGCCAGUUGGAGAGAUGCAACUCAUCUCGUGAUGUCAACACCUUUGAGAACUGUAAAGUUAUUGUGUUGUCUAUCACGUUGUAAAUAUAUUGUCACGUUACAGUGGUUAUUAGAUUGUUCCGCAAGGAACACGUUUUUAGAUGAAAGCGGUUACACGCUUGGAAAUCCAGAAUUCGAAAAGAAUUUUGCUUGUAAUAUUGAAAAGGCUCUGGCGAGCCCCAAUCGAGGAACAGUACUUAAGGGUAAAAUAUUUUAUGUUACACCAAGUGUAAUACCUUCGCCACCAGCGAUGGCAGAAAUAAUCGAAAGUGCGGGUGGAACGAUGGAAAAAACGCGAAGAUCUAUUGCACAGAUCCAAGAGUUGAAUAGUAAUAAACUAACUUAUGUCAUCGUCACUCAUGAAACCGAUCUUCAUCUUUUAUCCGACGUUUUACGUGCAAAUAUCAGUGUGUUCAGUGCAGAAAUCGUAUUAGGAGCAGUUGCACGACAAUACUUCCAAGCAGAACAAAUCUAAACAGAGAGCAGUUUCCAAAAUACUGCAUUUUAAUUCCUGAUACGAGCUUACUAAAUUCUUAGUGAGCUAUUUUGGAGAUGAAAAUUUUUGCUUACCUUCUUCAAUGGGACAAUAAAGAGCAUAAUUUUAUGAUACA